AAAUAAAUUUUAAAAAUUUUAGGAUGUAAACAAUAAAUUUCUGGCUUUUCUGUGCAAAAUAUGCCGCGUUACGAGUUGUCCUUGAUAACAAGGACAUUAAACAAUGUAAGUAUGGUAUAAAUUUAUAAUUAUAAAUUAAUGUACCUUUAUAAAGCUUGUAUUUAUAUGUACAGAGGUAACUUUUGCAGUGUGCAUCCUCCCCCCUGGAAAUGUUAGGGUCCAUGGAAAAUAAUUAUUCUUUACAUUAUUUCAGGAGGGAUUGGCCGAUGUUUUACGAAGAGUGGCCACCCUUGUUAUGGAAAAGGGAGGUGUUGUGCGUAAAAUGGAGAAUUUAGGUCAACAAGAAUUGCCGUACAGAAUGAGAGCUCACAAUGAAUGGCACACCUAUGGAAGGUGGGUUGUAGGCCAUCAACAAAUUGAUCUCAUCCCAUUAUGUGGACUCUUUCCAUGACUUUCUUAUUUGUGUCUUCCAUAAUCUAGAUAUUUUCUGUUCGACAUGGACAUUGGGCCGACACAACUUCCAUCAUUUGAAAAGGAACUUAAAUUAGAUACAGAUUUGAUUCGUCCAAGACUUGUGAAAGAAAGACCAAAAAAGAAAGUCGAUGAAGUUCUUCAUUGUUGGACAAGUUACAAGAAAGACAGUAGCUGAUAAAUACUUUUGCUUCAAUUGUAUAUA